GGAAUAGUGGAGUAGCAAAUUUCCGGAGCACAUCACCGUAAGGCUGUUGAAUCUCUUUGUGUGUGCGGAUAAAGUUUUGUUAUCAUUUGUUUUUCUUUUUGUCUACGCAAGCAAUCGCGGUCUUGAUCGAUCGGAAUUAACAGAUGGAGAACGAAAGGCAGAAUCUAGAGCUGAAGCAUCUAGGUUUUGUUAGGAUCGCUGUGAUUCAGACGAUUGUAUGUGUUACGAAUCUGUAUGAUUACGCGAAGCAGAACUCCGGACCUCUGAGAUCUGCGGUUGAAAGUGUGGAGAGCGCUGUUAACACAGUUGUAGCUCCUGCCUACGAGAAGCUCCGAAUCGCACCUGAUGAUGUUCUUGUUUUUCUUGACGAGAAGGUUGACAAAGCGACACAUGAGUUUGAUAAACGUGCCCCUCCUCUGGCAAAACAAGCCGUUCAAAUCACGCAGCAUUGUAUCCAAAAAGCUGCUCGAACUGGGCAAGAACUUGUGAAUGAGUUUCAAACAAGCGGACCACGCGCAGCGUUUUACUAUGCAGCGAACGGGUACAAGCAGUUGGUUCUAACCCAAGGAGUGAAGGUUUGGGCAUGUCUCAACCGGCUUCCAUCGUUCCACAAGUUCGCAGACAUGGCAGUCCCAACUGCGGCUCAGUGGUUGGAGUGGUACAACUGCAAGGUGAAAGGUAUGAGGCAGAAGGGCUACCACGUCUUUGACUAUUGUCCUGAAGUUCCUCUGAGUGAGAUAGCUGAGGCAUUUAAGCAGGGCGAGGCCAAGAAGAAAGAAGCACCUCCAACUACUCCUGAACAAGCUCCACCGAAGAACAAACCGGGUUCAGAUUCCGAUUCUGAAUCCGAAUCCGAAUCUGAGUCGGUUUCGGUUCCAAACUAGAAUAGGGUUUUUAGUUUCAAUACCUAAUCACCUGGUUUGCAAGAGUUAUAUGGUUCAUGUUCAUGAUGUUGAUAUGGGACUAGCUCAAUGUUUGUAUACAGUUUGGACAAAUAAUUGAAGUUUUAGUUUCCGUGUGCGUGGAGGAAGGAUAAUAAAAUCAGUUAUGUCUAGCUAAAACGUGGAGACACGAGUGAUGGACGCAACACAAUGCUGGCCUCAAGAACUAGUGAGCAAAGGGAUUCAACCACAUCUGCUUUAUUUAUAAAUUGAAGUUUCUGGCUUUUUAGGAACGACAGUA